UCUCCCUCCUCAUGCCGUCCGCUCACCUCCAUCCACACAUACAUUUUCUUUCUUCCUCUCUCUACCCUUGGCCUUUCCAGUCGGGACGGAAGAAAAACAACAAACAAUGGCCCUCAAACCCUCGCCUUGAAAUUUCCGGAGCCAAACAGGGCCGUCGGCGAGGAACGCCAGAGAGGGGGCGCCCGAGAGGGAUGAAGAUGAAUUGCUUCAACCCCUACCACAAGAAGAAAUCCUCGAAACGGAACCCUAACUCUCUUCAUGCCUCCUCCUCCUCCUCCUCCUCCUCCGACUCCGUCCCCUGCCCCUCCACGGCCACCACCUCCGCCCUCUGCAUCCAGGACUCCGGCGACCUCCGCCUCGUGUUCGACAAGUUCGAUGCCAAUGGGGACGGCCGGAUCUCCACCGACGAGCUCGAGUCAAUGCUCCGCUGCCUCGGCUUCUCCGGCCGGAGGGAGGAAGUCGAGUCCAUGAUGCGGGAGGCCGAUGCCGACGGGGACGGCUUCAUCAGCGUCGAUGAGUUCCUGCACAUGAACACGCAGGAGACCGACUCCUCCAAGUGCAUGGAGGACCUCAGGAACGCUUUCACCAUCUUCGACCGCGACAAUAAUGGCUUGAUCUCCGCCGAUGAGCUCCACCAGGUGCUCAGGAGCAUGGGGGAGAACACGACCCUCUCUGCCUGCAAGAACAUGAUCCGCGGCGUCGACAAAAAUGGCGACGGCGUCGUGAAUUUUGAGGAGUUCAUGAGUAUGAUGACCAAAUCCCCCAUACGAUCUACUGCUCAUUAAACAAAAUUAAUUGUUACCCUCUUGUUCACGUGUCUUGUUGCUUGUCUUUCCACUCUUUUUUCUUUUAUAUGACUUCCGCCCAUUUUCCUUUUUC